CUGUAAACAAAUAGUAUUAAUUUCUGCUGUUCUGAAUUGAAUCACAUUUCUGUUGCGAAUCUAAUUAAACUUUUCAAUAAAUAUGAAUCAAAAGGCAAUAUUUAACUUUUGCAAAGACAUAGGGUGUUGUGACCGGUGUUGCUUUCGAUAUUUGGGAUUAAAAAUACCAAGCGCGUAUGAAAAUUCCGACCAAUAUGUGUUGAAAUUUCAAGAUUCACUCUCAUCAAAUACUACAGAAGAAAGCACAGAAUUAAAGAAAGAUGUCACAGCUAGCAAUGAUGAAGUUGCCAUUAUAAAUAAUGUUACAGAAUUAGGUGAGACACCGGCAGUGUGUACACACACACAGGAUGAUAUUAUAGACAAUACUGACACAGAUACUGUACAUGAUGAUAAUGUAGCAGACAGCAAUGGUCAUGCACCUCAUAAGAAACGGAAGCUACAUCCCUGUGUCAGCUGCCUUGGCAUACUGCAAGAGGAUACAUGGCCUGAUAGUAAUCGGAUGGUGAAGGAAAUACUGGAGAAGAAAAGGUAUGAGUGCCCCACGUUUGCGUGCGCGCUGUCAGCCCCCAUCGCCACCCUAGUCCGCGAGCGAGUCAUCACGGUCCUCAUUGCAGAGAUCUUCCCCGAAUAUGACCCUGAUGCGCUGACAGCACUGAAGGAGGCGUGGAAGUGGUCGUGCGGCACACAGCUGGCUGCACACGCCGGCCUGCGGCUGCACUCGGGGGCCGUGUCGCCGCUGCUACUCAGCCUCACCUACGAGUACCCGGACGAGCUGCAGGAACUGGAGAUGCUAAAGACGGUGGCGCCGGCGGUGUUCGCGUCGCGCAAACAGCAGCGGAAACGGUUCGCGGUGGAGUUCACGAGGCGCGCCGCGGAGCAAGCACUAGCGGAGGCCACCGCGGGGGGCCUGCGUGCUGCCGGCUGGGCGCCGCCGCCGCCGCCCCCCGCGCCCGCCACCGCCGCCCGCGCCGCCGCCGCGCGCGCGCCGCUCCACCUCGGAGGCAGAUACAUCAAGUUGUCCCGCGAGCUGCCGCAGACUCCUUGGCUGGUGAACGGCGUCCGGAUGAUGGAGUCGUCCGUGCAGGAGAUAAUAUUCGGGCCCAUCGCGGCCAUGUACGGGCUUACCCCCGCGGAGAGCGAGCGGCGGAUGAAGUUCAUGUCUGCGGGGCGCGAGGACGUGGACGUGCGGUGCCUGGGGGACGGCAGGCCCUUCGCAGUCGAGGUGACUGAUCCUCGGAGGGAGCUGACCCAAGAAGAGUUGAAGCGUGUGUGCGAAGAGAUCUCCGCCAGCGGGAAGGUCAUUGUACACCAGCUGGUGCACGUCAGCAGAGAGGAGUUGUCUGAACUGAAGAAGGGCGAGGAGACCAAGUGUAAGACGUACGAGGCGCUCUGCAUCAAACUAGGGCACUCCGAAUAUGAACACGAUAAAACGUCGGCGGACCCUGUGACGGUGACGGCGCAGGACAUCGCCAACAUCAACUCGUACACGAACACGGACGAGCCGGGCGUGCGCGUGCGCCUCACGCAGCGCACACCCAUCCGCGUCCUGCACCGCCGCCCCCUGCUCACCCGCGCCCGGGAGCUGUACGAGCUCACCGCCUCCCCCGUGCACGGCCAGCCCGCGCUGGUGGCGCUGCGCGUGCGCGCAUCCGCCGGGACCUAUGUCAAGGAGUGGGCGCACGGGGAGCUCGCGCGCACGCGCCCCGCGCUCGGACACGCGCUCAGAGCCCCCCUCGACAUCCUCGCGCUCGACGUCGCGCACGUGCACCUCCCCUGGCCCGCCCGCUAGCCUCCCCGCCCCCCACGUCGAGGAGGGGCCGCACGCGCCCCCCUCGACAUCCUCGCGCUCGACGUCGCGCACGUGCACCUCCCCUGGCCCGCCCGCUAGCCUCCCCUCCCCCCACGUCGAGGAGGGGCCGCACGCGCCCCCCUCGACAUCCUCGCGCUCGACGUCGCGCACGUGCACCUCCCCUGGCCCGCCCGCUAG